CGCGCUCCGCUCCCACAAAAAAAAAAAAAUCGAAAAAAAAAACAGAAAAUAAUAUCAGCAACAGAAAAAAAAACAACAACGACGACGACGACGACGACGACGUCGCCUUGCGCCAAGUUUCUUUUCGUUUCGCUUGGGUUUUGGAUUCGCAUUAACAAAAUCAACAACAACAACAACAACAAAAACAACAAGAACAAGAACAAAUUCAAUGAAGCAGCGCAACCAAAAAGGAAAUCCCAUCUAAUAAACAUUUGGGAUAUUUUUGGCAUAACUAAGGGAAACACAAAUUUCGCAACAACAAAAAAAAAAAAACAGAAAAAAGGAGAAAAAGUUGUUACCAAAUAAUAUUGGAAGCCGAUGCCCGAAAACUUAUUAACGAAAUUGCAUUUUCAGUCAGGGUUUUCGAAUAACCAUGUGAAAAAUACAUGUUUCUAGGUAACAGAUUGAAAUCAAUAAAGCAAAAAAGCGCUAAGAAUAAAUAUAAAGAAAACAUUUUUAAUAUAAUUUCAACUAAAACAAGGAGAAAGAAUCGAACAAAACUAAAUGAGACACUUAAGAAGAAAGGAAUUUUAACUGAAAACAACAAAACUGAGGAAAAACGCAGGCCAUGAAAAGAAACAAUUGAAACAAAUAAAUGAAAUAACAACAACAAAAACAAAACAAAAACAAAACAAAAACAACAAAAAACAAAAGCAAAAACUGCAAAAAUGUGCAGCAAAAGUCAAUAAACACAAGCAAAGCAGUAAAGCGAGCGCAGAGCUUAACGAUAGUGAAAGUGUGUCCUGCCAAAGGACAUUGCACACUGCACACAACCCAGCUACAACAACAAAACUAAUCUAAAACAGUAAACAAAAACAAAACAAAAAAACCGCAACAGCAACAACAACAACAAAACACAAAAUGGCCAUAAAUUUCUCGGCCUCCUUUGCGGCCUGCAUAGCGGCAGGCCUGAAGGUUCCCCGCCAGAUAAUGUACUGCAUCACCCAGGACACGGGCCAGCCGUACGUCCUCUACAAGGACUCACAGGACGCGGAACGGAAUGCCGGCGCCAUUGGCGCCAGUGCCGCACAAUGGGGCAGCGACAUGUACCCAAAUAUUCAGCAACAGGCCCAGCAACAUCUCAGCGCCCAGCAGCAGCAGCAACAGCAACAGCAGCAGCAGCAGCAACAACAACAGAAUGCCACAGCUGCCGCACAAGCGGCUGCAGCUGCCGCAGCCGCUGGCCAGCCGCAGAGUCCGCCCGGUGGCCAGGAGCCACGUGACAAUGGCAGCGGCGACGGACGCCAGCAGCAGGUGUCGCCAUCCUCGAGUCCGUAUCCAUCGGUGGUGCAGCAGCAGCAGCAGCAACGGGCCAAUGGCAAUGCCGAUGAGGAUGCCAUGAAUCAGCUUGCCAACCAACAGAACUCCGCGCCAAAUCCAAACCAAAGCAGCAACGAGCCGCAACAUGCGUCGGCGAAUGGCGGCGAGGCUGGCAAUCCGCACGUGCAGCAGAAUGGUGGCGGCGGUCAGCCGCAGGGCGAUCCGCGGAAUGGCUUUCAGACGCCCGACUAUUAUGCGCCACGGCAUGGGGCGGGGCCGCAGGGCGGCAUGCUGGCGCCACCUGGCUUUCCGCCGCUGCACUAUCUCAAACAGGACGUGCUGCCGAUGGAGCAGAAUGGCGGUGAAUCGUAUGCGCUGCCCGAACUGCUGCCCGGACAGCAGCAGCAGCAACAGCAGCAGCAGCAGCAACAGAAUGGGACGCAAUCGAACCCAAAUGCUGGCCAAGCGAAUGGCAGUGCCAAUGAGGGCAGUGCGGCGGCCAAUGGCCCAGCAACGGGCGCUGCUGGCAAUGGGGCAACGGGAACAACGGGUGGUCGGACGGGACCCGGACGCCCGCAGAAGAAUAAGCCGCACAGCGAUCUGCGGCUAUUCAAGUGCCUCACGUGCGGCAAGGACUUCAAGCAGAAGAGCACACUGCUGCAGCACGAUCGGAUACACACGGACGCCCGUCCAUUUCCGUGCUCCGAGUGCGGCAAGCGAUUUCGCCAACAAUCGCAUCUGACGCAACAUCUGCGCAUCCACGCUAACGAAAAGCCAUUCACGUGUCCGUACUGCUCGCGCAGUUUCCGGCAGCGCGCGAUACUCAAUCAGCACAUACGCAUCCAUUCGGAUGUCUCGCCGCAUCUCAUCUUCAAGAAUGGGCCCCAUCCGACGCUGUGGCCCUCGGAUGUGCCCUUCCCGGGCGAUGAGACGGAUAGCAAGGGUGACAUUGCCGCCGCCGGCGGUGGCUACCAUGACGAUGAUUCCCAGGGCACACCCGAUGGCAGCGGUGGCAUGCACUAUCCCUCCUACUUCAAGGAUGUCAAGGGCCAAAAAAUAUUGCCCGAGGUGUUGCAGCAUAUCGGUGUGCGGCCGGCGAAUAUGCCGCUCUACGUGCGCUGCCCCAUCUGCGACAAGGAGUUCAAGCAGAAGACAACGCUGCUGCAGCACGGCUGCAUCCACAUCGAGUCCAGGCCGUAUCCCUGCCCGGAGUGCGGCAAACGCUUCCGCCAGCAAUCCCAUCUCACGCAGCAUCUGCGCAUCCAUACGAACGAGAAGCCCUUCGGCUGCAUGUACUGUCCCCGUUUCUUCCGCCAGCGAACCAUUCUGAAUCAGCACUUGCGCAUUCAUACCGGUGAGAAGCCGUACAAGUGCACCCAGUGUGGCAAGGACUUCAGGCAGAAGGCGAUUCUGGAUCAGCAUACGCGCACCCACCAGGGAGAUCGUCCGUUUUGCUGCCCCAUGCCCAAUUGCCGGCGACGCUUUGCCACCGAGAACGAGGUGACGAAGCACAUUGACAACCACAUGAAUCCCAACAGCACCAAGGUGCGACGCCAGCAGCAACAGCAGCAGCAGGUCCAGCAGCAGCAGGUGCAACAGCAGCAGCAACAGCAACAGGUGCAACAGCAGCAGCAGCAACAGCAGCAGCAACAGCAGCAAAAUAACGUUGCUGCCUCCGCUGCCGUUGUCGCCAAUCAUCUGAUGAACGAUGUGAAGAGUUUGGCUGCCCAGCAAUUCCUCAACAACAACAAUCCCGCCACGGUGGACAACAAGGCAAACAUAUUGCCGGCGCGCAGCAUGGUUGCCAAUGCAGCAGCAGCGGCGGCAAUUGCCCAGCAACCGGUUGUGAAGAACGAGCUCUAUUUUCCGCAAUGCUACGGCCCCCCCUUCCAGCAUCCGUUCCAUGCCCAGCAGCAGCAGCAGCAACAGCAGCCGACUGCGGCGCAUGCGAAUGGACCCACGCCGCCGGUGACUGUAACUGUGGCGAAUGCGGUGGCACCUGGCGGUGUGGUGCAACAGAAUUCGGCCACCUCUGUGGUGGCUCAGUGACAUCCCACCACUGGAGCAGCUGGAGUAGUACAACAACAGCAGCAGCAACAGCAGCAACAGCAACAGCAGCAGCAACAACAGCAGCAGCAGCAGCAGCAACAACAGUCGGUGGUGACGGCAACAGCCACACAUCAUACGGCAACACAGCCAGCACCAGCACCGACAAGUGCACAUCAUAUCACUUCCGCGGGAGCCGCAACAGCACCGCCCACAUCGACACACGCCCCAACGGUGGCAGCGCCGCAGACGGUGACGUUGUCGAUAACGUUGCCGCCGCCGCCAUCGGCGCAUCCGCCGCAUCCGCAUGCAGGACAUGCGUUGGCGGCCACGCCCAAUGGCGUUGCUCCACCACCGCCGCCGCCCACACUGUCGCACGCGAUACCCAUACACCCACACAUACACUCGAUAUUCGGAUCUCUAUGAUGUCAUCAGUAAGCCUCCACAACUCACAUCAUCCAAAACGGCAGCAGCAACAGCAGCAGCUGCAGCAGCAACAGCAGCAGCAACAGCAGCAACAGCAGCAGCAGCAGCUGAGCACUAAUAAAGCAUAGCAAUUGGAAAUAAAUCAACAGUGUUGCAAUGCGCUCUAGCCACGCCCACAAUUUUGCAAAAAUUAUUUAAAAACAAUCACAACAAAAUCUACAGUUUUGUGUCGCUGCUCAAAUUUAAUUAAAUUUCACAAGAAUUUCAA